GAGUUUAUUAUAUUCCUAGAACGUAAAUAGUUGGUGAUCAUCCCUUUCUAGCUGCAAAUGCAUUAUUACUUGGACUGGAAAAGAGAAAGGAAGAGAAAUGGGCGUCCCACCAAAAGGAAAAGUACUAAAGGAGAAAGUAAAAGAGAAAGAAAGGGGCGUGUAUCUUUCAACACUAGUAGGAACUUGGAACUAAAUUCCCACUCAACUGAGAAACCACGAAAAUUUUGAGAUUUCCCCGAGCAGAGUUUUGUUGGUUCAUCCAUGGCUCUGUUCCCAGUUCACAAGGCCUCCCUUUCCAAAUAUACAACCUCUCCUUAUCCCUUUAACUAUCACAUGUUCUUGAGCUUCAGAGGUGAAGACACCCGAAAGAACUUCACUGAUCACCUCCACACGUCCCUUGUCAACGCCGGGUUUCAAACUUUCCGGGAUGACGGACUCGAGAAAGGGAAAAAUAUCAAGGAAGAGCUUGAGAAUGCCAUUCGACAGUCACAAAGUUCUGUGAUUGUGUUUUCGAAAGACUACACCUCUUCCAAAUGGUGCCUCGACGAGCUUGACAUGAUCCUUGAACGCAAGAGGACCUCCAAUCAUUUCGUUUUACCAGUCUUCUACGACGUUGAUCCAUCCCAUCUGAGGAAGCAGACUGGAAGUGUUGCAAAAGCAUUUACUGAACACCAGAAAACUCAAUCGUUGAGUAAAGUGAGAAGAUGGAGGACAGCACUUAGAGAAGUUGCAGAUCUAGCAGGAAUGAAUUUACAAAAUGAAGCUGACGGGCACGAGUCAAAGUUUAUCCAAAAUAUUGUUAGAGUGAUUCAAGACAAGCUAGGUCGUGUGCCCCUACGCGAUGUCCAGAAGGAAUUAGAGGAUAAGUUGUUAUCUGUUAACCCUGUUCUUGAUGACGCCGAGGGGAAGCAACUGAAAUUCCAAACGACUGUGAAGCCAUGGCUCCAUAAGCUUAAAGAGGCUGUCUAUGAGGCUGAGGACCUGUUGCAGGAGAUCAAAACAGAAGCGUUGAGGCAAAAGAUAGAACACGAAUAUGGCAGUAGCACGAGAAAGGUACAAGAGCUCAUCUCUACUCCAUCUCAUGCUUUUGACUCUACUUUAAUAUACUCCAGGGUAGAGGAAGUUCUUGAAAGACUAGAAAACAUUUCGAAGCAGACAAAAGAUGUCCUGGAUUCGGAAGUAACCGCUGGACACAGAUUAUCACAAACACUACCGUCAACUUCUUUGGUAGAAAAGUCUGUGUAUGGAAGAGAUGAAGAGAAAGAAACAUUGGUUAAAUUAUUGCUAUCAGAUGAUGAGACUGGCAAUAAAAUAGGUGUGAUUCCUAUUGUGGGUAUGGGUGGGAUCGGAAAGACCACCCUUGCCCAGUUUCUAUACAACGAUGUUAGAGUCAAGCAACAUUUUCAACUCCAAGCAUGGGUUUGCGUUUCAAAAGAAUUUGAUGUUUUAAGGAUCUCGCAACACAUUUAUGAGUCCCUCACCUCAGAAGCUUGCCAAAGCAAAAACCUUGAUCUGCUUCUAUCAAAGUUGCAGGCAACUUUGAGGGGGAAAAGGUUCUUCUCUGUUCUUGAUGACAUCUGGAACAAGAAUUAUAACCAGUUGGAAUUCUUAAAGCGUCUCCUUGAGUGUGGAGCACAUGGAAGCAAGAUUAUUGUAACAACACGUGAUGAAAAUGUUGCACGUAUGAUGGGUAACCUUGAAGCUCACCGUCUCAUGCCACUGUCCGAGCAAGAUAGUUGGUCAUUAUUUAAAAAUCAUGCCUUCAAAAAUGCAGUUGUUGGUGCACACACACAUCUUGAAGAAAUCGGUAGACAAAUUGUUCAGAAGUGCAAUGGUCUUCCUUUGGCUAUUAAGUCCCUUGGGGGUCUCUUAUGUUCUAAACUGUUAAUGGAGGACUGGGAAAGUAUAUUGAACAGUGACAUGUGGGAGUUCUCAUCCAAUGAGAGUGACAUUCUGCCAUCUCUAUGGUUGAGCUAUCAAGAUCUGCCUCUACAUCUCAAGCGUUGUUUUGCCUAUUGUUCACUAUAUCCCAAGAACCAUGUAUUUCAAAAAUCAGAGUUGAUUCACUUAUGGAAGGCUGAAGAUCUAUUGCAACAUAAAAAAAACAAAAUGGCAGAAGAAGUCGGACAAGACUACUUCAAUGAUCUAAUCUCAAGAUCAUUUUUUCAACUUUCAUCAAGUUCCGAUCACUAUUUCAUCAUGCAUGACCUUAUCAAUGAUUUAGCAAGCUUUGUAUCUGGAGAAUUUUGUUUUAGGUGGGAGGGCAGUGAUUCACCCAACAGUUUGAGCAAGAUUCGUCAUUUUUCAGAUAUGUCAGUAUAUUAUCAUGAUGAAGCUGAUAGCGUAGAGAUGUUUGAGGCUUUACAGCAAGCUAAAUGUUUGCGCACCUUUCUAUCAUUACCACGUCUGUGGAGGAAGUUGCACAAAGGACGAUGUGAUAUAUUGCCAAAAUCACAAUGUUUAAGAGUGCUCAAGUUAUAUGGGCACAAUAUUAAGGAAUUGCCUGAUUCAAUUAACAAUCUCAAACAUCUUACGUACUUGGACUUGUCUGCGAAUCCCAUCAAGAAGUUACCUAAUACAAUUUGUACUUUGUAUAACUUGCAAGUUUUGUUGUUGUCAGGCUGUCCAGGACUUACUCAACUGCCAGCCAACUUGGGAAGAUUGAUCAACUUGAGCCAUCUGGAUAUUACAAGGACAAAGUUACAAAAGAUGCCACCACAAAUGGGUAAGUUGAAAGACCUCCAGAUGCUACCAGAGUUUGUGCUAGACAAACACACUGCUCUGGAUAAUUUGCCAGAGUUAAAGAAGCUUGAAAAAUUGCGUGGAAGUCUUAGAAUAUCAGGGCUUGUGCAUAGCAGGGGUUUGGAGGCCUACAUACUGAGCGACAAGAAGUUUCUUAAGGAACUGGAAUUGGAUUGGAGAGGAAGGGCUUGGAGUGAAGAAGGCAAUAAUACCGUAGAACAAAGAGAAGUGCUUGAGAAGCUCCAACCUCACCUGAACCUGGAAAGUCUUACAAUUGAAGGUUAUGGAGGCAAAAUGUUUCCAGGUUGGUCAGAAUAUUAUUCUUCUUCUGCUCUUGUUUAUCUUAAACUUGUCAAUUGUGAGAAUUGUAUCUCCUUGCCACCAUUGGGACAGCUACCUUCCCUCACAGAGCUUUAUAUAGAAGGGUUAAGGAAAGUGGUAUCCAUAGGUUCUGAAUUCUAUUAUGGUGACGGCAAGACAACUACUUGUGUGAACAAACCAUUUAGAUCUCUACGGGCUUUAAAAUUCUUCCAUAUGAGUGGGUGGCAAGAUUGGUCUUAUGUUGGAGGUGACAAUAAUGAAGGUGGGGUUUUUCCUAAUCUUGAGGAACUUGAAAUAUCAUGCUGUCCCAAUCUUACCGGGAGAUUAGCGUCAGACAGUCUCCCAUCUCUUGUGUCUUUCACGGUAUGGAUUUGCCCAGAAUUUGAAUGUUUUCCGGAAGAUGGAUUCCCGUCAAAGUUAAAAUCACUUGACAUCCGCGAUUGUAAAAAAGUGAAUGCAAAGAGUAUGCAGAAUCUGAACAAGGGUCUUCGAACACUCACCUCUCUUGAAGAUCUAUCACUUGAUUUUGACUGCGACGAAAAAGUAGGUUGGUUUGCGGAGGAGGAGGAGGAGGAGGGGCUGUUUCCCAGCACUCUCACAUAUCUCCAGAUCUGCCGCCUGAAUUGUGAGACCAUCGACGGCGUCAAGUGGUUUGGCCAUCUCAACUCUCUUCGAGAAUUGAUUAUAUUUAAUUGCCCUGCGCUCCGGUGCUUGCCAGAUAGUGGACUACCCUCUUCUCUUCAAGACUUGCAGAUUUGGCGUUCCCCUGCUCUGCAGUGCUUGCCAGAUAGUGGACUACCUUCUUCUCUUUCUCGUCUAUAUAUCGGUGAAUGUCCUUCGCUUGAGAAACGGUGCCAAAGAGAGACGGGUGAAGAUUGGCCCAAGAUUGCUCACAUCAAGCACAUACGUAUCAAUAUGGUAAUGAUAUGACAACGACAGAGGGCUUGCGUUCUGAUCAAUUUGGCCAUGUCUUAGAGGGCUUGCAUAUUCUGCGUGUAAGAUCCUAUUGUUUGAACUCGCUUGAACUCAUGAUCGAUGGGUUUGACAUGCAACGACAUGCCAUUUGAAGGAGAAACAGACCAUUUCCAUUUUCUACGCAGUUUCGUGGAAAGUGAGCAAAAUUUCUUGAUAGGCCAAGGUUGCUCGCAGGACCAAUAUUGCCAUGUCUUGAUGUCUGAGUUGUAACUUCUUCUCUGUUGGAGUUCCCUUCCCAUGCUAGACAUCUAAUUAAUAGGUAUUAUAAACCGAGCUGGACUCUGUCUUGGAGAAAAGAAAAUAUAGAAAUAAAAAAGGACGUUUCAAUCCUCUAAUAAGAAGGCGUGCUGCUGCAGUUAAUUGGUUUUCGUUAUCUCUUCUCCUCCCUAGAAGACUAGAAGGGUCUGGUGAAAAGAAGAAGUCAUUUUGAUAUAUGUAUUUUCCUCCAGAAGCCUUAGCUGCAUAGAGAGCGUGAGUAUUCAUUGCAAAAGGAGAGAAGAAAGAAAGCAAUCCUUCUUUUACAGCUUUCUUGUGAGUGUGUACCCAAGAGUGUUUCUUUUGAGAGAUUUUCCUCUAGUGAUCUAGAGAGAUUGGUGGUUGUAAAUCCAUUUUCAUAGUGGAAGCUCUUCAGUCUUCAGAGAUUGUCCCGUGGUUUUUCCCUUCACAUUGGAGGGUUUCCACGUUAAAUUUGGUGUCUCUUUGUUGCUCCUAUAUUUCUGUCAUUGCUCUGUUUUGAUUAGCUUUGCAGUUCUGGCUUUCUAUAUCGCUGCUUAAUCUGUU